UAAAAAGCAGUUCAAAUUUUAAGCUUGUAGAAGCUAGAGAUUCAAAUGUAAUCGAUACUUUGUAGUAGUGCUCGUAUUUUUUUUUCAUACACUAACUUAUUAAAAUAUAUAUAAAUAUAAAGUGGCGGUUUAGUUAUGUAGUUCAGCUAUAAUCGUUAUAUGUAUUCAUAUUUACUACACAUUCCGGUAAAAAUGGAAUUAAUUGAAAAUAGCAAUUAUACCACUAAAGUGACAAGUCAAAACAUUUGUUUUCCCUACUUCCCAGAGGAAUACCAAUCUAGUACAGCAAGUAGCAAUGAAUUCGUGUUGGGAGCCGUAAUAGGCAUUAUAUUUACCAUUUUUAUGAGAUACUACUUGAGCACGAGUAUCCCGAGUCAUAAGUGUCAUAAUCUCCAGUUUUUAACAACCAAUAGAUCCCGUUACUUAUUUUCCAUACUAUGUCUUCUAAUGUCCACGGUGUUAUUACCCCUUCUGGCCGUAGUCGUUAUUAUAUUUGGCACAUACAGACUCCUGGUGCACUUAAUUUUAAAGCAGAAGUACGGAAAAAAAUAUGGAGGACUAGUAUCAGGUCGAGACGUUAUAUGGGUAGUGGAAGACCAGUCGAAAAAUCUUAUAAACGGAGUCAUGAUAGUGGAAGAACGGGACGACCUGGAUAAAACUGUCCCAGAAGCGGUCCGAGACCGUGUAAUCAAAGAGAUAAUGAUAGGCAACCUAAGAGACUCAAAAUUUACUUCGACGAUCCACCGGAAGUUUGGCUAUCUCUAUUUACUUAAGGAUACGGUACAUCCUUCGGAAUAUAUAUCGGAAUUUGAUACCGACGAUCCCAACCAAGAGUUCAUGACACACGAAGAACUGAGGAAGAAACUAUCAGAAGUGGGAAACUUACCAUUGCCCAAAAAUCACUCGGUUCACAUGGAAGUGCUGAUAGGUAAAAAACCGAUACUUUGGAAGAAGACAGACACCAAAAAAUGCUAUGCCUGCAUCUUCAAAGUCCACCACAGUCUUGCCGAUGGUAUAUGCAUCCUUCAAAUCCUUACCAACUGCUUCACAGACGGUCCAAUUAAAGUCAAAGAAACAUUGGACACAUCCCAUGAGUACAUUACCGGUAACAAUAACAACAACAACAAUAACAACAUCACCAGAAAAGCGAAGACAACCAACGACAAAGUUGACAAAUUUAAAGAAGACACGUAUUGGAACGUUGUCCAAAAUGUAAUUAAAUUUUUGGGAGAGCAACUGCUUGGUAACAUGAUCAUAUUAAUUUUUGGACCGACCACAUUAGCCAUACAACUUUGGAUGAGGCCCACAGAUGUUAAUCCUUUGCAUGGACCAGAGUUGAGCGGUGAAAAGUCCUUCUACUGGAAGACUGAGGAUGACGAAGAACUUGUUGAGUUGACAAGAACAUUACGCAAAAGAAUCCCAGGAGCGUCAUUUUUGGACAUAUUAUUCACGGCAGUUUCCGCAAGUUUCCACGAAUAUUUCCAAAAGAAAUCUAAAAGUCUACCAAAGUAUCUAACAGCUGUAGUCCCAGCAAGGAUGAACGUAAAAGAAGUCGAACAACUGCAAACGGAUAAGUUCGUAUUUACUAACAAUUUCACCGUGGGGUUGUUCAAUAUGCCAGUAGAAGUUCCUAAACCCCAUCAUAUUUUUAGUAGCAAAACCGUGGUACUAUCCCGACUACGAGAAACCAUGAAACAAACCCAUAUGCUAAGGCAUUCAAUUGACUUUCACAUAAACUAUUGGGUGAUGACGGUAUUUAACGCAAUUAUACCAGUUCCAUUUCUGUACCCGUUAUUCAGAUUUCCCCACUGUACCAUGAUUUUCAGCAACUUGCCUGGUCCAGAAGCCUUUACUGUUUUUGAUAAAUUGAUACUUCGUGACCUGAUUUUUUGGCUACCCAAUAGGGGCUAUAUAGGUGUAGGUGUUUCGUGUUUAAGUUAUGAUAAGCGAUUUCAACUUGGGCUCAUAGUGGACAAAGCACUUUUUGGAGAAGACGAUGAUCUACAAACAAUUUUGGAUAAUGUCCCGAAAUAUUUAAGAAAAUUGGAAAAAGAAACCGCUGUUGGGAUACAUGUGUGAUAAUAGGAAAAGAUCUAUCUCCAGUUAAUCCAACUGUAUAUAUGUGUAAGUAUAUUGGAUAUAUUAGAAGACUGAAAAAAAAAUGAUUUGGGCAGUGCAGAUAAGAAAACAAUGGAUUUUGAAAACAGACAAUGGGAAAAUGUUAGAUUACAUAGAGUAAAAGUAAAUAUGUAAGCCAAAUAAAUAAAGUGUUACAAGAACACGAAAAUUUGCCCAGCGCAAUUUUAUAUUUACGAAAGUUAAAUAAAUACGUACAUAAUA